CACAUGAUUUAAUUCAAAGUAUCAUAUAGGCGAGAUUACGAGUGAUCGUAAAUUGUCUACCAUACCGUUCUUCGAUGCUCUGGGGUAGGAUUGUCUUAGGGGCUUUGGCACAACAACAACAAAAAAACACCCGCUGGGGAUGUAGGUUUAAUAUUAAUAAUAAGGUAUGGUUACGGAUGAAUGCAAUGCCGGAUGUUUGAACCGGGAAAUAGUUAGAGAUGAGUGAACGUGGAAGCAGAUCUGAAGUACAAAAAGCCCUACUCCUGACAGACAUCCUCCCUUCUCCUGUUUCUUUGAAGUAACCACUGAACUAUCAUAGAUAUUCAAGUAUGGGGUAUAUGCAGGUAGAGGAGCACAAUUCCAACAUGUUACAUCUGAAAAGGUCACCCGGCAUCCGAUCCUGGUCGCUGCUUGUAGGUAUUGCGUCCAUUGGCCUGGCUGCUGCGUACUACACUUCAGACAGUAUCCUGUGGAAGCUGUUCUACGUGACAGGCUGUCUGUUUGUGGCCAUGCAGAACAUGGAGGAGUGGGAGGAGGCAGUGUUUGAUAAAACCAAGAAUGUGAUAGAGCUGAAGACCUUCAGUCUGUACACUCUGAUUCUCACCAUGUGGAGGAGAGGCCAGGAGAAAGUGGUGCUGGACAUGAGGCACCUGCGUGCCGUGUGUGUUCAGGAGGAGAAGGUGCGCUACCUGGGAAAGGGUUACCUGCUGGUGCUGCGGCUGACAACCGGUUUCUCCUACCCUCUCACACAGAGCGCCACCAUGGGGGGACGCAGUGAUGUGGAGGCGGUGGCUUCGUUGCUCAAGCGUUUCCUGGGUCUGGAGGAGCUCCAGUGUCACUGGGAACAGGAGGAAGAGGAGGAAGAUGAGGAAGAUGACCUGGACCCCAGCACUGACUCAGAAGAAGAGGGGGACUUUGAACCCUCAGUGCAGUAGUGAUGAGGAGAGGAAGUCACUGUAUUCUUGAAAUACACACAAACAUAUUUUACAGCAUUUCGUAGUAUUAUCCCUGAUACUGUAAAUGGCCUGAAAUACUCUCUCGAGUGGUCGUUUUCCACAGAAGAUUUAAACUAAAUCCUAGUUUGGUGUCUGGCCUGUUCUUAAAAAAACAAUGAUCAUUACUGUAUAGUGUCUGCGUGACACACCUAUCCUUAUAGUUACAGUGCCUUUUUCAUUUAAAUGUAAUCAGUAUUUGUGUGGAAAAACUCAACUUCCAACAUGCCAACAGGAUAGGCAACACAUUGGUGUGUUUGAGACCACACAAAGACCAUGACUCUGCUCACUACAACCAUCCAUCUGAAUGCAUGUGACCGUAAACUAUAAUCAAGCAUGAAGAAUUUCCAGGGAUCAAGUUAAGAAUAUUUAUAAAUGUCAAUACUUGCAUGUUCAUGUGUCUGUCAGCAUUCAUAGGUCUUAUUUGCUAGGGCCGAAACAGAAUCCGGGAAGGACGAAACAUCUUAAAAACAUCUUGAAAACAAAACAUCUUCAUCUGAUCUAACAUGGUUUAAUAUUCAUAGAGAACGCUACAGAUUGUCUCAGGUAACAUUCCUGUCCAUAGACUGUAAUGUGUUAGUAAUAAUGUGUAUAUUUGACAGGAAUGCUGUAUUACAUUGCAUUACAUUGCAUAUGGACGGUAAUAACUACUGUGUCUGUUUAUGAGAGGAAGGUGAGUGACGAUGCCUUGUGUUGCUUGAAAGAAAGACGAUGAAUGAGAGAUUUGUAAGUUUAAACAUUGUUUUAUGUGUCCAGUUCCUGCUGGAUGACUGCAGGUACUGAUUUACCUUCUUUUUUAAAAAGUUUCAUACAUUUAUUUGUGCAUUUUGUAAAAAAAAAUACAAUUAAAGGGAAUUAAAUUA